UGAUAAAACAGCUGAUUGAUAUGAAUGAAAGGGAAAUAAGUGUUUUAAUAAUUCAGAGAGGGCAUAAUUAACUGUUUAAUGCUGCGCUGUAGUUCAAAGACACAACAAAGAAAUCUGAAUUCAAAUUAGAAAUGUAAAAGAGACGCUGAUUCUUCAGAGAUGAGAACUUUGUGUUGAGUCACUUGAUUUGGUCUCUUUCCUCCAUCAAACAGGCAGGCAACGCUCUUGGAGAUCUCCAGAGAUAACAAUGUCACAUUGUCACAUAGGGUUCUGCUACAAAUCCUUAAUUACAAAAAGAGGAUCAGAUGACUACAGCAUCCAAUACUGGGGUCUCCAGGCGGCAUGAGGGUCUUUGAUCAAGAAAAUCCAAUUAUUUGUGUAUAUACAUUUCCCACAUAGUGAUUACUUCAUUAAUUGUCCCGCCUUUAUCUCCUCCCUUCCCAUCCCCCCUAAUAAUCAGCUCCUUUAUCCAGACCAACAAACACACCAUAGGAGCUUUGUGGAUUCAAAGGAUUUGCUUUCCCCUCUCAAAGAGCCGCUAUUCUUUGAUGAUUGGGCAGCGGCAAACUUCAAAGUAAUAAAUCUUAUUUCUGACUGGCUGGCGGCCCACCAAAGUCCUUAUCAAAUUCUAAGAAGUGAUCCCUCACUCUUCAGAUACACCAAGGAUAUCUCGGAGAGAGGAGGCACCGAGGAGUGAAGACCUGCGCGGCAAGAGCGUGUUUUAUUGCGAAUGCGCCUAUUUAUCUAAAUUAGCGCUUUUAUUUGUGUUCCUUUCCACCGAGCGGGAGCGCGUUCACCAUGGCGGCGGUGGCUGUACUGCGGAAUGAGACACUCCAGGCUUUUCUCCAGGACCGCACUCCCAACUCUUCGCCGGAGAACUGCAAGCACUCCCCGCUGGCUCUGCUGGCGGCCACUUGUAACCGCAUCGGCCACCACCACGGAUCCAACCACGCAGAUUUCCUCCAGGUCCCGUACGACCCCACUCUGGGAUCCCCGUCGCGUUUAUUUCACCCGUGGACUAACGAUGGGAACCCACAGAGCAGCCUGACCGGCAACUCCACUUUCGGACUAUCCUCCAAGCCCCAGCUGCCGGCGCACAUCCAGAGCUCCUUCAGCUCCCACCACGAGUUGCCCCUCACCCCCCCGGCGGACCCCUCGUACCCCUAUGACUUCUCCCCCGUCAAGAUGUUACCUUGCUCCAUGCAGUCGCUGCAGUCCAGCUGCCCUCCCACCUACGUCCCCGCCGUCAGCUACGCGGCCCCGACCCCCAUUCCGCCCGCGAUGCCAAGUUUUGUCACGGGACCCUCCGGCCUCGUGCAUCAGCAGCAGAGACAGUUGUCCCCAAAUCCCGGGGAGGAUAUUCCGUGGUGGAGCCUGCAGCAGGGGAACCACGUGAGCCACUCGUCCUCCCUCGGACCCCAUCGCUUCCAGCUGCAGAGAGGCUUGGUUCUGGGACAUACGGACUUUGCGCAAUACCAGACGCAGAUCGCCGCGCUGCUGCACACCAAGUCGCCGCUCGCGACCGCGCGGCGGUGCAGGAGGUGCCGGUGUCCGAACUGCCAGUCGUCCGCGUCCGGCGACGAGCCCGGCAAGAAGAAGCAGCACAUCUGCCACAUACCGGGCUGCGGCAAAGUGUACGGGAAAACGUCGCACCUCAAGGCGCACCUGCGGUGGCACUCCGGGGAGCGGCCGUUCGUGUGCAACUGGCUGUUCUGCGGCAAGAGCUUCACCAGGUCGGACGAGCUGCAGAGACACCUGAGGACUCACACGGGGGAGAAGCGCUUUGUUUGUCCGGACUGCUGCAAGAGGUUCAUGAGGAGCGACCACCUGGCGAAGCACGUCAAAACGCACCAGAACAAAAAGGGCAAGUGCCACGACAAGACUGUGGAGCACGUGAAGCGGGAGGACACGAGGAGUGCGUUGUAACAGCUGCUCGUUUUAAAGUAGAAGUCACUAUAGUGCAAUAAGUCAGUCCUACAUUAGUUACCGUGCACAGUGAGCUGCCUUCUUUACGUUUAUUUCGAUGGCUGAUUUCUGACAUCACUGACACUAGUUUCUGGUCUGUGUAACACAUUUUUGUGUGCGUGUAUAUAUCCAAAGUUUUUGUAAGUUAAUUUGGGACCAUGGAGAAGUUCUAGUUCAUGAGUUUGAAUUCACUGUCUAUAUCAUAUCAAGGAAGACAAGUUUUCAACUUGUGUUUUGAUCAUUGUCUUCGGUGGAAGAUUUCACUCCCCUGUAAAUUCUAUUUUUAAUAGCUUUUGUUGAAUGAAAGUGUCCGUCCUUCGCUCCAUAUGGGGCGUUUUUAAAGCAUGCUCUUGGAAAGAUCUGCUAUUGUUGAUAUGACCAAAAUACUGUGUGAGAAUAAAGAUUAUAACAUUUUCCUCA